AUGUGGUCAGCCUGGCUAAUUGUAAUUUACACUCUAACGUGUUUGGUCGUGAUUCUAUUCCUAGUAUCCAUCGUUUGGUUCAUUCAAAACGAUCGGAAACGAAAACGAAUGAUUGAUGAAUCCAUUGCAAAUCCUCAGAAGGCGACUGAAGUUUGA